CAGAAGAAUGUUGUUAGAGAAUUGAACUGGGUUGAACUUGAUUUUCAACAAGAAUUGUUUUUCUGUGGAUCUUUCUCUUUCCAAUAAAAAUGGCCAGCAGUGCGCUGGUUACAUCGUUCUCUUUUGCUUUCUUUCGUAAGGCUGCAGGUUACAUGUCGAGAUUUUUGCGUAUUGAGACGCAACCAGUGAAAGUAUUGGUUACUGGUGCUGCAGGGGAAAUAGGCAAUGCUAUUGUUCCAAUGAUUGCAAGGGGGCUUAUGCUUGGCGCCAAUCAGCCUGUAAUUCUACACAUGCUCGACACUGAUGCUGAAGCGUUGGAAGAAUUCAAAAUGGAAUUGAUUGAUGCUGCCUUCCCCCUUCUCGAAGGUGUUGUUGCUACUAACGAUGCUAAAAAAGCUUGCAAAGAUGUCAAUGUUGCUGUCAUGAUAGGCGUAGAAAGUGUAUCAACCUUUGAGGAUCAAGCUUCGGCAUUAGGGAAUCAUGCUGAUAGACACUGCAAAGUACUGGUGGUUGCGAAUCCAGCAGAAGCGAAGAACCUGUGUAAAAUAUAUGCAGGUUCAAUCCAGCAGAAAAACAGCCAGCAGAAAAACAUCCAGCCGAAAAACAUUACAUAUCUUACCCGACUAGAACACAACAGAGCAUUAGGCCGGAUCUCAGAGAAGGCAGAAGUUCAUGUUAGGGAUGUGAAGAAUGUUAUCAUCAGGGAAAAUGACGAUUCAACUCUGUAUGUUGACGUCGAUCAUGCAAUUGUCACCACAAGUAAUGGAGAGAAAAGUGUUAAAGAUCAUGUUGCGGAUGAUCAUUGGUUCCACUCUGAGUUCAUGACCGCUGUGCUGCAGCGUGAUGCAGCCAGGGCUAGGAAGCGAUCAAGUGCAUUAUCUGCUGCAAGUUCUGCCUGUGAUCAUGUCCGUGAUUGGCUUCUUGGAACUCCUGAGGGAACAUGUUUUUCAAUGGGCGUCUACUCUGGUGAGUCUUAUGGCUCGUUUCCUGCUACAUGUGAUGGGACAGGAGAAUGGUUUAUUAAGGAGUUUGAUGAAACUACAAAGAAGCCCAUCAAGGACAAGAAGUAGAAAGCGUUGGAACGCUCAUGAUGAUAUGAUGAUGUGACUGUUUGUGUAUUUUACUGUAUCUUGUUUCUUGACUUUGUGUUUUGUUGGAAUAAUUGACAGAAGACUGUUAUUUUAAUAGUCAAAUAAUGUCGAAAAUAAUGAGUGAUUUGGCA